AUGGGUUCUACAACGCUCCUUCGUGGCUUCAAAGUUUCCAUCAGCACCCUCGAUGCCUUCCUUGACGCCAACGGCGUAGAUGAGACAUACGGAACUCCCCCUUUCUACAAAGAUCAUCCCGACAAAGAUGAAAUAUCAAAACUUUUUUAUGCCAAAAUCGCACAAGCAGGCGGAACUGCGGACAAGAAUAGGUUCCGGGUCAUGAUUCCCUUGAUGGAAGGUCAUGGCAAGUCGACCGUUGCGUACGUCACUUAUGCCUGGGUCACGGUCUACGCACAUCGCGAGGUUCUUCUGGAUGAAGAUCUCCCCACCGCCGUUCCUGAAGGAUUUGAAGAGUUGAGGCGAGAGAUCUUGUCGUUUGGCGAAAAGCUUGAGGACGGGGACAAAAUUGCCGAUGAGGGCAAGAUGGGCCUGUUCUUGGUUCAUAUAUACGAGAUCCGAGGCUUAUACACACCUCGAGAAAUGCUUGAAUGGGCAAAGGUUCCCCAGUACUGCGACCAGUGCGAUGCUGUGUUUGACGACCCUUCUCAGGCGUUUACUCAGCGGCAGCUGCAUCGAAGAGAUGUCCAUGGAUCCAAGGAGAGCACUUGUCCACUUCCUGAGGGAUAG